UCGAAAAAGAAAAAAGAAAAAAAUGACGAGGAAGAAAGUGAAGCUGGUGUGGAUAGCGAGCGACAAUGCGAGAAAAGCGAGUUUCAAGAAGCGACGACUCGGUCUGAUGAAGAAAGUGAGUGAACUCACCACUCUGUGCGGCGUCUACGCGUUCGCCGUCGUCCACGGCCCCGACGACGACCACCCCGUCAUCUGGCCCUCCCGCUCCGCCGCCCAGCAGCUCUACCGCCGCUUCCAGAGCCUCCCGGAGGUCGAGCGCCAGAAGAAGAUGACCAACCAGGAGACCUAUCUCAAGGAGCGCACCGCCAAGGCCCAGGACCAGUUGAAGAAGCACAUCUCAGAACGAGGCGAUCGGAAACGGUUUCAAUUGCGGAGGAGGAAAUUCGAAUUCGAUGAUUCACGUCGUCGGCGAUUUGGGGGGAAAUGCAACCGGAUGCGAGGCGGAGGGAUUCGGCGGAGGGAAAUUAGGGGAAAUUGCUGAGGAUAAUAAUGAGAAUCUGUUGUCGCAUUGGAAUUUUGGGGGAAAUCAUUCGUCGGGUGGAAUGAGUGAGAUUGAGAAACUGGUGAGCAACAUCAACGGCGGAGUGGAUGAUCAGGACACCGCCAGUCCUAUGGAUUUGAUCGGAAUCGGCGGCGACAUGAGCAUGGGAAUGUAUUGCGACGGCGGCGGCGCCGGUGGUGGAAGCGAUGCAGAGUUGUUCCRUAGCUUGUUUGGAGGCAGCAGCAGCAACGAAAAUGAAAACGAAAUCGAAACUGAAAAUGAUCUUCUGAACAAGGGAUGGCCAAACCACUUCACUCCAUGAUUGCUAAGCUCUCAAUUUGGUGCUCAAUAAUGGAGGAAUUUGGGAUUCAACACCAAAUUUCCUCUCACUCUCUUUCAAUUUUCUGAUGAUCACUUCUAAAAAUCUUCCUUCUCAAAGUGUAGAUUAAUGUGGAAAUUAAUGUUGAACUAAAAUCAAGAAUUUUAAGAGAAAAUAAUCCAAUGUUUAGUUUAGUUUAGUUUAGUUUAGCUUUGUUUUUAACAAACAUACCAUUAGAGAUUUGAGAGAGAGAUCUAGUUUAUGCCAAUUGAGUUUGUAUGAUGAUUACUAAUGAACAAUAUUUCAG